AUGGCAGACGCAAAUAUCCUCCCCGUCAACGGGACCAACAAUGGCGAGACAGCUCCAAUUACACGCAGCGACAAUGACCGUUUCGAAUUGAUCUCCGGCCCGUUGAUCAACCUGAAGAAUAUGCACUAUGAGUCCACCCCGAUGUGGCAUGGAAGUGUGUUGAUUGUCACCAAGCCGGGUCAGGACCAACCGCAGCUUCACUUGCGCCAGUUGGGUCCUAUCUCCGAAGAACAACUCGAAUCCUCCACGAACCAGACCAUUGAGGGUCUCAAGCUCUACCAAGAUCUCAACAAGGCAUUUUGGCGAUUCUCAUUGGAUGUGCCUGUCGAAUCAUACGAGGCGCGAUGGCAAUAUGAGAUUCCGGGUCUAUACAAUGAGUCCGGGGAGCAGGUCAACAGCCCCUGGAAUUUUGUCGUUCCCGCAGAGGACCAAUCUAUGCGCAUGAUGUUCCACUCGUGCAAUGGAUUCUCUGUCGGCACCGACAUGGACGCUUGGUUGGGACCAAACCUGUGGAACGAUGUCCUGCGUGUCCACGGGGAGAAGCCAUUCCACGUCAUGAUUGGCGGCGGUGACCAAAUAUACAAUGAUGGGAUUCGUGUGGAUGGUCCUCUAAAGCCGUGGACAGCCAUUGGCAAUCCACACAAGCGCCGAACCCAUGACUUCAAUGAAAAGAUGCGCGCCGAGUGCGAUGAAUACUACUAUGCAAACUACGUUCGCUGGUACAACACUGAGCCUUUCCGAGCUGCCAAUGGUCGCAUUCCUCAGGUUAACAUCUGGGAUGACCACGACAUCAUUGAUGGGUUUGGUUCGUACACUGAUCAUUUCAUGAAGUGUGCUGUGUUCCGUGGAAUUGGUGGAGUUGCUUUCAAGUAUUACUGCUUGUUCCAGCAUCACGUUGCUCCACCAAGGUCCACAUUCACCACCGAUGCGCCCCAGACCAUGCACGCGGUCAACGGCACAGCCGGUGCGGACCCUCGCCAAUUGGAGAAUACCUAUGUACUUGAGAACCAGACUGAGGAUGAUAGCUGGAUUGUGGGCAAGCGACCUGGUCCUUAUGUGGAGGAGUGUAGUCGCAGUCUGUACAUGCGUUUCGGAAAGCGUAUUGCUUUUGUCGGUGUGGAUGCGCGGACCGAGCGCACCCGUCACCAGGUGAACUACAACGAUACUUAUGACCUCAUUUUCCAGCGAUUACAGCAGGAAAUUGCUGCUGCCAAUGGUGAUAUUAAGCACCUGGUAGUUCUGCUGGGUGUCCCUAUUGCAUACCCCCGUUUGGCGUGGCUGGAGAACAUCCUUACUUCUCCUAUCAUUGCGCCGAUUCGCCUGCUGAACAAACGUUUCGGAGUGGCUGGUGGUCUCUUCAAUGAGUUUGAUGGACAGGUUGACCUGUUGGAUGAUCUUGAUGACCACUACACUGCUCGCCAACAUAAGCGUGAACGAAAGAUGCUCAUUGAGCGCCUGCAGGAGCUUGCCCGUGCCAAUUCAGUGCGAGUAACCAUUCUUGGCGGUGAUGUCCACUUGGCUGCGAUUGGUCGCUUCUAUUCUCAUCCCAAGUUGAACUUGGCUGGUGAGAAUGAUCACCGAUAUAUUGUCAAUGUCAUUAGCAGUGCUAUCACCAACAAGCCACCCCCCAAGGCAGUGGCCAACUUGUUAGCUCGCCGCAACAAAAUCCACCACCUGGGCCGUACCUGUGACGAGACUUUGAUGCCUAUGUUCGAUAAGCAGCCCGGUGGUCGGGAGAAGAGUGCUAGCUGGAACAAGGUGACCAUGCCAUCGCGUAACUUUGCCUGUCUGACCGAGGUUGUCGCCCCUGCUGCCAACGGCACACCCGUGCAGGUCGAGAGCGCCAAGCUUGCACAUCUCCCCAAGGAUGGUCAUUCGCCUCUUCAUAAGGGUGAGGUUGCAGCUGGAGCAACUCACGCAGCUGCCGAUGGUUUUAGCUGUAAUAGCACUAUGUACGGAGGCCUGGAUGUGGCUAUUCGUGUUGAGAUUGAUCCUCAGGAUGUCAAGGGAGCCACAGAAGGCUAUGGUUUUAGCAUUCCUCCUCUGUUGGCCACUGCGGAGCCUCCCUCAUCUCGCCAAAGUCUCCGCUCUCGUAUCUCGCGUCAUGACGUGCGCGGUGAUGCUCUUCAACAAGAGGCAGCUGGGCGUCCGUCAACCGCCCAAUAA